CGCAGGUUCGCAGUCGUAAGUAAGCCCCCCGUGAUAUCUCGCAUUUGCGCACUAACGAGGGAUGAUAAGGGAAAUAUUUCUCCCCUUGCGAGGCAAAGAAUAGUCCCAAAUAAAAUUUUUCGAAAAUGGAUAACUUAUCGCUCGCUCCCCCAGUGCAAAGUGCUUUAAUUGUCACUGCUCCAAAACACGAGCAUUUACUUACCGAGAUCGAAUCCUCGGAUAUCAAUAGUAUGGGUCUCGUAAUAAGAGCAAUUUAUGAUGGCAAUGAGCACCAAAAGUUUAUGGAAAAAUUGGAUGAUAGAGUUAAAAGCCACGACAAGGAUAUCGAACGAAUGUGUAAUCACCACUACCAAGGCUUUAUCGACUCAAUUCGUGAAUUACUUCAAGUCAGAUCACAAGCUCAACAGCUUAAUACAGAGAUAUUGGAUUUGGAUAAACGAAUUAGCUUAACUUUAAAUAAAGUGAUAGAAAAAAGAGAUGAGCUGGUAAAAGCAAGAAAAGUAGAAAGUAAUAUAGCCGCGGCCGUUGAUAGUUUAACAAUGUGUCUUCCAGUAUUAGCAGCUUAUGCCAAAUUACAAAGACAAUUGAAGGAUAAGCGUUACUAUCCGGCUUUAAAAACUCUUGAACAAUUAGAGUAUCACGACUUACCGAAAGUAAAGAAUUAUAGAUUCUCUUCACAAAUAACACAACAAAUACCAUUAUUAAGAAAAAAUAUUAAGGACGCAUCUAUGACAGAUCUACGGGAUUUCUUAGAAAAUAUUAGAAAGCAUUCGCCAUUAAUUGGUGGAGUUGCUAUGAAGCAGACGGAGGAACAGCUAGAGCACGAGGCUGAAAUAAUUGGUAGGAAAAAGAGAAAAGCUCAAAGCAGUACUAGCGUAGUCGACGGUGAAGAAAAACUUAGUGCUCAAGAAUUCAUGGAUUAUAGCUCUGUUUAUCGAUGUAUGCAUAUUUAUUCCGUUCUUAGAGAAGGAGACACGUUUAAAGCUUAUUACAGACAACAACGGCAACAGCAAGCUCGACUUGUAUUACAACCACCAAUUAAUAUGCACGAAAGCAUAGAUGAUUAUAGACAUUAUAUUCAUGGAAUUGUAGGCUUUUUUGUGGUUGAAGAUCAUAUUUUGAACACUGGCAAUGGUUUAACAACACGAUCUUAUUUAGAUGAACUUUGGUCAAUGGCAUUAUCUAAAAUUGUUAAUGCAUUAAGAACACAUUCUGCUUAUUGCACGGAUGCAAUUCUUAUUUUGAAAAUAAAGAAUUUAAUUAUGCUAUUCAGUACAACACUCAGGAAUUAUGGCUACUCUGUUGGUCAAUUAUUCGAUUUACUUCAAGAAAUAAGAGUUCAUUAUAAUGAGGUAUUAAUGCAACAUUGGGUACAAGUAUUUCGAGACAUUUUAGAUGAAGAUAAUUUUCUUCCAAUUCAGGUACAUUCGCAAGAAGAAUAUGAUAAAGUCCUUACGUCAUUUCCAUACGAGGAUGAAGAGUUACAAAAGGCAAAUUUUCCAAAAAAAUUUCCCUUCUCACCAAUGGUACCAAAAGUUUAUCAUCAGGUUAAAGAAUUCAUUUAUGCCUGCCUGAAAUUCUCGGAAGACUUAAAUUUAACACAAACAGAAAUUGACGAAAUGAUCUGCAAAUCCACCAAUUUAUUAUUGACACGAACUUUCAGUGGAUGCUUAUCAUCACUAUUUCGUAAACCUUCAUUAGCACUUAUACAGGUCAUUCAAAUAAUUAUAAACACGGGAUAUCUUGAAAAGUCGACCAAGUAUUUGGAAGAAUUUGUUUCUAAUAUAACUGGCACACCACACGAAGGCCAAUUGAGCAGCGGUGGCCUUAAGUCAGCUAUGUUUAGGGUAGCGAGGGAUGACGCUGAGAAACAAAUUUGCGAAAAACUAAAGCAGAAGCUCGACGAAUUUCUCGAAUUAGAAAAUUACGAUUGGAAUCUCGCGGAACCACAAGGGCAUGCUUCGGGUUUCAUUACUGAUCUUAUCGCAUUUUUGCAAAGCACUUUCACAUGCUUUACAAACCUACCCGCCGAGGUGGCUCAAGUUGCCUGCAAAUCUGCCUGCUCACACAUUGCAAAAUCCAUUUCAAAUAUUCUAGUAAGCGAAGACUUAAAGCAAAUUUCAAUGGGUGCCCUUCAACAAGUCAAUUUAGAUACAAUUCAGUGUGAACAAUUUGCUGCCUCAGAACCUGUUGUUGGACUGCCCGAAGGAAUAUUGUUGCAAGAGUUCGCACAAUUAAGACAACUACUUGAUUUAUUCAUGAGUUUGGAUUGGCCUACUUAUUUCCAUGAUUACAUAAGUGAAUCGAGUAAAUACAACCUUGUAACACCUCAAAUGGCCGUUAUAUUACUUGAGAAGUUGAGAGAAUCCGAUAAAAAAACAGUAUUUUCUGUAUUAAAAAAAAGUGAAAGAGAUAAGAAGAAGUUGUUAGAAACUGUUUUGAAGCAGUUGAGACAGCUAGCACAAACUACUCAACAGUAGAAUGCGAUUUUUUUCAAUUG